AAGCCGGGGUUGGCCAGCUCCCACCCCAGAUGCCCAGCAGGCCAGGUGCUGGCAGUGCUGGGGGUGUGACGGCUCUCAGCCAGCCUCCAGAGGGUGCCCCCUGCCAGUGCACCUGGGCCCUGCCCGCGAUGACCAGCCCACCCCUCAGCCUCGCUCAUCUGCUCACCGUUUCAGGAUUGCUCUGUUACUCGGCUUGCUGUUUGGCCCUGCCCGGCCUGGAUCAGAAGAGGCGCGGCGGCCCCCGAGCAUGCUGCCUGCUGACGCCCCCGCCGCCCCCGCUGUUCCCGCCGCCCUUCUUCCGAGGGGGCCGGGGCCCGCUUCUCUCCCCGGACGUGAAGAAUCUCGUCCUGGAACUGGAGACGGCACGGUCCCCGUGUGUGCAGGGGUCACUCAGCUCAUCUGGGCCUCCGGGCCCCCAGGGCCCGCCCGGGCUUCCUGGCAAGACUGGACCAAAGGGAGAGAAGGGGGAGCUUGGUCGACCAGGAAGGAAGGGCAGACCUGGCCCCCCAGGGGUUCCUGGCAUGCCUGGGCCUGUCGGCUGGCCCGGCCCUGAAGGCCCCAGGGGUGAAAAAGGUGACCUGGGUCUGAUGGGCUUGCCAGGGUCAAGAGGACCAAUGGGCUCCAAGGGCUACCCUGGAUCCAGAGGGGAAAAGGGAUCCAGAGGUGAAAGGGGUGACUUGGGUCCCAAAGGAGAAAAGGGUUUCCCAGGAUUUCCUGGAAUGUUGGGGCAGAAAGGAGAAAUGGGGCCAAAGGGCGAGCCUGGGCUUGCUGGCCACCGGGGACCCACAGGCAGACCAGGGAAACGAGGCAAGCAGGGGCAGAAAGGAGAUAGUGGUGUUACAGGCCCCCCAGGCAAACCUGGGCCUUCUGGUCAACCUGGCCGUCCGGGUCCCCCAGGCCCCCCAGGUCCUCCCUCUGCAGGACAACUUGUAAUGGGACCCAAGGGGGAAAGAGGAUUUCCUGGGCCCCCAGGAAGAUGUCUUUGUGGACCUCCCAUGAAUGUGAAUAACCCUUCCUACGGGGAGUCUGUGUAUGGGCCCAGCUCCCGAGUUCCUGUGAUCUUUGUGGUCAACAACCAGGAGGAACUGGAGAGGCUGAACACCCAGAACGCCAUUGCCUUCCGCAGAGACCAGAGGUCCCUGUACUUCAAGGACAGCCUUGGCUGGCUCCCCGUCCAGCUGACACCCGUCCACCCCCGGGACUAUCCUGGAGACCACCGCGGCUCCUGCGGGGACGGGGUCCUGCAGCUGGGGGAGGAGUGUGACGACGGGAACACAGACGCUGGCGAUGACUGCAUCCGCUGCCGCCGGGCCUACUGCGGAGACGGCCACCGGCACCGGGGCGUGGAGGACUGCGACGGCGUGGACUUCGGCCACCUGACCUGUGAGACCUAUCUCCCCGGGUCGUACGGAGACCUGCGCUGCACCCCGUACUGCUUCAUCGACUCCACGCCCUGCCGCUACUUCACCUGAGGGCCCCCGGGAGGAGGCAGCGGCCCCCUCGGCGCCGGUAGCAGCUUUUCCGCCCUCGGCAGACUGACUGACCUCACCCCAUUCUGGUCCAGUGUCCACCACCUUCGUGCCACAGAAACAAGGAGAAACUCUUGCUGCUAAGACAAGCUUGUAACGCGGUCCGACUGGAGGAACCGAGGACCCCCGCGCCCUGUCUUCGCCCCGGGCCUCCGCCCCGCGCCCAGCGCGACCCUACGGCCGAACGUAGAUACACGUCCCCAGGGCGCUUUGCCUUCCCGAUGUCGCAGACUUGGCUCCGCACUGUUAGGCGAACACAAACUGUUUGCUCCCUUCCGCGGUGGGUGUCCGGGGAGCAGCCUCUCCGCCGCUCUGACCUCUGGAAACGCAGGCAACUCCCCGGCCGCUGGCGGGGGUCUCCCGGGGCCUGGGAACCACCGGGUGGGGAGACGGGCCUGUUCUCUGGAGGGGGCCCCAGAUCUUGGCCCGCCGAGAGAUCCCCCCGAGCUGGCCACGGCCUCAAGCGGAGGCGGUUCCCCAGGCAAGCGCCCCAAAUGUGAAUAAGUACUGGGUCGGCGGCCCACCCGCGUUCUGCAGCAGCGCGGAUGAGCGCAGCGCAUCGGCCUUCUCGACGUUUCCGAAGGGGCGGCUCUCAGAGCUUCCGUCCCGGGCGCCGUCCUGACCUCCCCUGGCUCUGCGCGCGCGGCCUCCAUCCUGUGAACGUCCCCGUGUCCAUCCCUCAUUCAGGGAUGCUGGCGCAUCCCUGGUGCGCCAGCAGCCGCGCCGUCGGGCUUUCCCGUCCGGGCCGCGCCACCGACUUCGAGCUCUGGGCCCCGCCGGUGUCUGUCUGUCCCGGCGCCGCUCCGGGAGCCCUGGGACCUCCCUCGCGGUCUGCGGGGCGCGUGCCUUUGUCCUCGUGUGCGCGCGCCUGAGCCCCGUUUCUACAGGAUCGCUAGUCCUGCGCGUCCCUGAGCUGCCUUCCACCGUCGUUUCCCCUGAGUGGGGCUUAGCUGUUGUUGGGAGACACGACUUCCCCCACGGCAGACCUCAUGGACCUGUUUGCUCCCAGAUGGUUGGAUCCUCCCGCCGGUGUGUACAGACUGUUCAGCCUGCCCGCGUCCUGGGCGCUUGGCGUAGUGCUGCUGGCCUGUCGUGGGCAGGCUGGACCCGGGGGUGGUGUCCCUGGAGGUGGUCGCGUUGGUCAGUCUGGGUCCUUCUGCCUCAAUUGCAAGUCCUGGGCUGAUUGAUAGUCCAUGGCCCAUGUCUGUCCCCAUGUGAAGCCACUGCCUUCAUCCCGGCAUCUUCGGAUGUGAAACCAAGAAAUAAA